UUUAUUCUUAACAGGCACUGUUGGACAUCAGAACAUUUGUCAAGAGUUGCAUUUGCGCUUGUAAUGUUAUUUAAAAUUAUUUCCACCAUGGAAUAAAAAAUAAAUAAAUAAAGAUAAUUGCGAAUUGUUAUCUCGCUAAUGAGAGUUCAUAGGCCUAUCUCGAAAUUCUGACUUUUAAAAAAAACUUUUUAUUUAUUUAUUUUAUUUUUUACUAGGUAGCGGAAACAAUCUUUCAUAAGAAACAAAUGUAGGCUACAGACAAAAAAGUGCAGUAUGAGGCGUUUCAUGGAAUCGGUCCAAACGGUGAGCGAAUCAUCCGCUCACUUCAUCAUUCACUCAGUCACUGUUCCUGUUCUACAGUCUCGCGCGCUUCUCCAGUCACAAAAAAGUAACUGUAAAUGACUGUCAAUGUAGAAACAGCUUAUUCUGAGCGGAUCCGCCACAAGGACAAGCUUCCGACCGACAGAGAGAGCAGUGACCGGAGAACCAGUGCACUGGACUCAGCCAGGAUGGACACCGCUGUGAACGCGCGCGUGAUUGUGGCCGUGAGUGUGAUCGGGUUCCUCCAGCUCGUGUCCGCUGUCACACUGCUGCUGCACUGCACUGGAUUCAUCACACAGAUGGAUUCAGUCACAGAGCUGAAGAACCACUCUGAGGCUGUUAUUAAAGACACUGUCGUCAGUGAACGAUCAACACGUCAGAAACACAGAGAAACUCCAGCAGCUGCUCACCUGCCAAUCAAACCCUCCAGACAGACACACAGGAACGUUCGUGCCACGAUCAUCCACUGGAACCCUGAUCAGGGUCAUCUGUCACACUUCAGAUACCACGACGGACGAAUUCUUGUCCAGAAAUCAGGGCUGUACUACAUAUACGCCAAAACGUGUUUCCGUCACUACGAGAGCCUGGAGACGGAGGCUGGUUCUGGCCCGGGCUCGUCUGAUGCGGUCCAGCUCAUCCAGUACGUGUUCCAGGAGCGAGCCACUCACAGCGCCCCCUCCAGGACAGUGCUGAUGAAGACCGGGAGCACACGCAGCUGGAGGAGAGGAGCGUACGACAUGUGCUGCCAUCAGCAGGCCGGACUGUUCCCACUGCGGGACGGAGACGGCGUGUACGUCAGCGUCUCCAACUCAUGGAUGCUCGACCCGGAGGCUGAAGGAAGCUACUUUGGGGCUUUUAGGAUCAGCAAAUGAGCUCUGUGAGGAGACAUAUUUAAUGUCAUAUUUAAAGAGGACCUAUUAUGCUCUUUUACAAAGUCUUGUUUUUGUGCUCUACUAGAACAGGUUGAUUAUUUUCCUCAUAUUCUCCAUUGUUCAGCUCCUCUCUUCCCAGUCUGUCAGUAACGCUCUGUUUAGUUCCUGUCUCUAUGAAGCCCCUCCUUCUUUAAAGCACAAUGUGCUCUGAUUGGUCGGCUGGAACACUGUGUUGUGAUUGGUGUUUGGGAAAUGUCCCGCCCCUUACCAUAACCGCCAGUUUCAACACACUACUAACUAACUCAACCAGGCCCCGCCCCUUUAUUCUGCGCAUGAAUUAUUUAAAUGAGGAAUAUUGUGAAGAAAACUCAAGAUGGAGGCGUUUCAGGGAGUUCAGAAACACUGACACUGAUAUAGAGAAGAACUGGAACUUUGCAGAGCUUUUUCAUGCUCAAACAGCAACAAUUAUACAGGAACGGUUUCAGGUUCAUUUGUACUCGUAGGGGAAUACCCGUCUGAGCGUCUCAUCCUGUUUGUCCACCAAACACAAUGUGUGAUACUUCCUCAGACGAGCAGGAUUAGAAAUAGACGCAAAACAAUCAAAUACAGGCCAAAUAUAUAUAUCAGAAAUAGCAGAACGGGGUAAACAGUGUCUGAAGAUCGAGAUCAAACUACUGAACAUGACACACAUCCAUCAUUACGCAACACACCGAACAAUAAAACACUCAGAUGAGUCAAACAAUCUGCAGCCAGAUUUACACUGAAAUAACAUCUGUGUGAGAUCCUAAACACUCCGAACUCGGACAUCAAACUGAGACGUAAACAUUGAUGGCAGACUGACACAGUGAGAAACAGACGGCAGACAAACACAGUGAACAGAUCUGAUCUGAGGUCAGACGUCUGUGUGUCGUUACAGAGCAGGUCCAGCGUCUGUAUCAACAGUGUUUCUCCCGCAGCUCAUGGAGUCCGACUGAGACUCGGGUUAGAUCAGCCUUUGAAGAGUAUAAACUAAGAAAAAGUAAAAAAUGUGAAAGGAAACAUUCAAAAAUAUCAAUAUUCAAAAAUGUUCCCUGAUGAAAACACUCGGUCGUGAGAUCACAGAUCAUUAUAUAGUGAUGUUGAUGAAUGUCAGUGUGAUUUAUUGAGCAGAUAUUACAGAAAUAAAGCUGUAAGAGAGUUUGA